UGCUUUAAUAACCCUGUACCAAAAGUAUCUUGCGGAUCUCCGGCUUUGCACCUCACCUGAUUUCUUUACAGACUUGCUGUUUUAUCUGUGAUACUGUGUCUCUAGUUAUACCAAGAUCACUAUAUAUGUUGCUGAUAACAAUUGAUUCCAGAAGUUGAUUAUUCAGCAUAUCCAAAGAUGAGGAGGAAACUUGCAGCAGCUGGGACAUUGAGGCUUAGUCCUAAUGAAGAGGCCAUGUUUCUGAAGGAAGAAUAUGAAAGAAGAAGAAAACUAAGGCUGCAACAAGUCAGAGAGCAGCAGAAGUAUAUCUCCUACCAGAUAAGGCAGAAGGUAAAGCAGAGGAGAGAAGAACAACUGCAUCAGUUAGAGGAAGCACUGAGAGCGGAAUGGCAGAAGGCACAGGAUGAGAAGAUGAAAGCCCUGGAAGAGCUCUAUCUAUCAAGCUUAAGAGCAAUCGGGGAGGGUCACCGACAGGCCAAGGAGAACGAACCUGACUUAGAAGCUCUGGCAAAGCAAGCAGAGGAAAGGAAACAAAAAGCAGAGAUGAGACAUAGAAAAGCUCUGAUAGAGCAGAAGCACCAAAAAGAAAAAUUACUUCGUGAGCAAGCCAGACGAACAGAUGCACGCAAACGUGCUCUAGAAGUGGAAAGACAAAGAGCAGCCAAAGUUGCAAACCUGCCACCUCCUCCUCCACGUCCAUUUGAGAGUUCUGAAGUGAGAAAGAUCAUUGCUAUGAAGUCCUGUGGUGCUGGCAACUUUUCUGUUACACGUUACCAUAUUGCUGAAGCUUUGGUGGACAGAGAAGUGGACGGAGAUCAGCCAGAUGCUCAUUUAGCUGCUGAAGAAGAAGGGAGACGUUUGGAGGAACUACACAGGGAGGCAGAGAGGGAGAGAAGAAAGCAUCUUGAAAAGGCACAUGUUAGAGGAACUCAUGCCUUGAAGAAGAUCCAAUUGGCCAAGGAGAGGGAAAGACUCCUGGAAGAACUGGAGCAAAUGCAAGCUCAGGAUCGGAUGCGCAGGAGACAAGUUGUCGCGCAGAUGCCUCCUCAGCUUUCAGUGCCAGCAUACAAACGCAUGGAAAUAAAAGAAGAAUGGCAGAGAGAACUGGAGUCUGCAUUUGAAGAAAUGUACAGUGAAGACAGGAACAUGAAAGAAGACCUGAUUUUGCAGUUUGAGCCACAACCUUUGCCAGCCCCUUCUGACCGAGCUCAAGAUAAUGAUCUUGAUAUCUCUUUGGAGCAUGAAUCUGCUUGUGACACUCAACCAGAGCUUCCUUGUGAUACUCGACAAGAAUCAGAACAUGUGAUAGAAGAGGAGGUCCCUAAUGAACCAGAAAGGCAUGAAGAUGGAAAAACUUGCCAACCUCGAUCAAAACUUGCCUUAAAGAAAUUGUUGAACAAAAUUAGAAGCCAAAAAGAGGAAUGGACAUCAAAAAGUGAGAAAGAUAGUCAAAGUGAAUUUGACACCAUUGAAUCAGGCACAAUUGCUGGUGAAAAGAGACCAUUAUGUGAUUUAGGACUUAACAAGGAGCAGCAGAAAAAUACAGUGUCUCAAGCCAAAGACCCUAUGAAAAUGUUGGAAAAUACAGUUGCAGAUGAAAAGUCAGUUCUAAUCCAUUCUCAAGAACAAGCAGCUAAAAUCAGAAUGGAAGAGGCAGCUAAAAUUAGAAUAGAAGAGGAGAGACAGAAGUGGAAUGAAGAAAUAGAGAAACAGAAACAGGAGCAGCUGGCCUUGAUUAAAAGAAUUGAGGAAGAGAAAGCUCUUUUGGAAGCUGAUUAUCUGAAGAUCCAAAUGCAAACCUGUUUGGAGGAGGCUAAGAAAAAAAAAGAGGAUGAAGAACAAGGUCAGCUGGUGCAAAGCCACAGUCUCCACUCCACAGAUCAGCAGGACCAAAUAGAACAUGAGGUGAAGAAUUCCAGAAAAUUGUGUACUGGAAAUGUAUCAGAAACCAAGAGUCCAAGAGAAGGCAGUCACAGACAGAUGAUACGUAAUUUUCAACAAUGCCUUCUGCAGCAAGAAAGGUUGCGCAAACAAACCAUUGAAGAAGCUAGAAAGAAUCUACAGGAGUAUCAGAAUACACUGAAGCAAAGGUACUUGUCUGCUUCUGAGAUACCUCUGAGCACAAGGGAAACAAAAUCCAUUAAUUUAGAGCCUGUCUCAGAGCCACUCCUACAGAUGCAAGGAGUACAGCCAGCACAGUACCAGGCAUCAGAACAAGUUCAUACCCAAGAAUACACACGGUCAUUACCUGCAUUUUCAGGAACAUUGGGUAUGUUGGAAAAACCAUCUUCACAGAAGCAGGAAGAGCAAGUGCAUUUCAUUUGUCCUGAAAAAUCACUGCAGUUUUCAGAAGUAUCAGAAUUGAAGCAUGGAGAAUUUAAUUUGCCCUGUGACUGUCCAUCACAGGAACAAGUGGGACUGUUCAAAACUGCCAAUAAUCACCUCAGAGAGCCAUUCCAGUCCCAUUUACCAUCAGGGUCAGUCAGGAAAGAAGUGACUGCAAUAAGAACACAACCAGCAGCACGCCAACAGCAUGUUAGAUUUGUCUUCCCUGCAGAAAGUUCCUCCGAGUCUUCAGAAACAGUACACUCUAAAGAGUCAUCUCAGAAGAUACCUAACUAUCAAACCAAGACAGAAACUGGAGAAGAGCAUCCAUUUAAGACAUCCCUCAUGCCAGCAACAAAGAGAUCAGCCUCAACUGAUCCUUUGGCCUGUCAGCAGGGAUCUGUAGAGAGCAGCAGCAAAACAAGCCCUGAUCAACUCCUCAGUCUUUCUGAACCCAUGAUUCUAGCACGUGAAGAAUCUAAAGCUCAGGGUGUUGGGGAAUUCUUGAUAUCAAAAGCAGGAGAUGCAUCUUCCUUAAAUUAUUCUGGUAUACUGAGAUUAAGGGACAGAGUGUUGGCCUCAUCAGAAAGCAUCCAAGCUCAGCAAAAGUAUUUGAAAGAAUUGCAAGAGCAGAUAGAUGCACAGAGAGAAGCUCUUCUUUCUAAACAGAGAAUACAAGAAAAACUACUUUUGCAGAAGCAAGAUAAAUUGAAGGAGCAGAUGCAGAGACAGCAAGAGGCUUUGAAAGAAUUUCUAAACAAGCAGGUGAGACGUAUGUGCCCAAAUGAAGAAAUAACAGAGGCACAAAAGCCUGUUAGGAUUAAGAGAACUGACUUCUUCCAAGUCUCAGAAAGCUAUCAGCAAGAGAACUGUGGCAGGAAUAAAUUUCACAGUAGUGAAACAAUUUCAUGGUGCAUUGGUCCAGGUGAGCAAACUGAACAAUCUGAGAAGGUUCUCUGUAGAGAACAGAAAUGGAGAUCUUCCAAACCACCAGUGACAAAAGUCAAGUUAGGGCUUGGUUUGGAGCAACAUGAACUUAGUAUUAUACCAGAGGUAGACACACCGAAGAGCUGCAGCCUCUCUUUGGCAGGUGUUUUAAAUUCAGAUAAAACAGAUGAUGGUAUUGGAGAAACUUCUCAGAUUGCAAUCUCUGGGGAAUUUCCAUGUGUGAAAAGUCAGAGUCAUGCUCUUCAUGAAGGCACCUUACCUUUGGGCAUAACAAACUAUGAAGGAAAAGCCUCCAGUGGAAGUCCAAGGCAAGCUAGUCCAUCAGGGAGAUUAUUACAAGAGUUGCUAAUGAUGGCUGCUGAAACUUCAUAUGAUUCAGGUGGGAAAAUCCUCUCCCUUCAAGAACACCAUUCAGCCAUUCAGCGCUGCUGAUUUUGCUGCUGUUUAUUUGUAGAAUAUGACCUGGCUUGUUAAACAUGCAGUGCUAUUUAAUGCUAUUGAAUUUUGAGUGUAAAAAAGGGUAUUUCAAUAAGCACUUGUUUCAGAAUGAACAAAUUUUUAUCUUUUGGGUUUUUGUGGUCUAUUACCAUUCUGCUAACAAGUCCACACUGUAGUACACUUCAUUGCUGGUCAGCAAUUUCUUGUCCAGGGCAUAUGCUUUUCAUCUGCAACCUCUAUAACUGUAAAGGUUUGCAGGUAUUCCAGGUGGGAACCUGUUCUGGGCAGGCCAGUGGCGUUCAUGAUUCAGUACCCGGUGAUUCUUGUAUUGAUACAGAGGAAAUUAGUGCUUAAAAAGAUCUCUGGAGUGUUAAUGUGUUGAUGUCAACAUCCACUGAAAGAUCAGUGUGUAUUAAAUAUUACUUAAAAAUAUGGUUGAGAAAAAAAAUAGAAGGCUGAGGUCAUUGUCAGCUCAAAAAGAACUCAGAAUCCUGUCUUGGGUGUGACAGACAUGAAAAUUGAUAAUUGUAGAAUAUUUCAAAUUUAGAGACCUAGAAGGAUCAUCAAGUCCAACUCCCCGCUUCUCCCAGGAUUACCUAAAACUAAACCAUUGCCCAGUUGCUCCUUGAACUC